AGGCAGCUCAACGUGGCUCAACUGUAGAAACAUUAAAAAUAGAACACAUUCGUUUUGUGCCAUUGAUCAAGUAAUGUUCCAAGAUACAAGAUACUAAAGUGAAAACAGUCAACAAGGAAGCAUCAAUAGUUCAAUCGAAGGUGUUACACUCGUUCACAGUUCCGCGAUGAGCAACGAAGUUUUCCCAAUCAACGAUCUUCCGGAAGAAGUGCUGGAGCACAUAUUCUCAUUUCUUCCAUUAUCGGACCGUAAAUCAGCUUCACUAGUGUGUACAACUUGGGAAAAGUUGGCGUUCAGUCGUAGAUUCUUGCGCGAAGUGGUGUUCCAAAUCGGAUCCCAAGAAACCUUAUUGCACAAAAGCAAACGCCGCUAUAGCAAUAUGUCCGUUAUAUUUGAUAAGCACGUCGUCCACAACCACUUCUUUUACAAACAUCUGUUCAAGUUGUUGGAACUGUUCGCUACAGAUGUCGAAAGUUUACACUGUAGGGGGUACGUAAGCACGAAGCUGCUAUGUAUGAUGGUAAACCGCUUGCCAAAACUGCAGCAGUGGACAGUUGAAUCCGAAGUCACGAACUGGUAUCGGGGCCCAAGGUUCCCUGUGGUCAUGCAACUUCCAGCUCCAGGAUCGUUGAAUAACGAAUUGCAGAUCGAAAUGCCCAACUUGACCCAACUCAGCAUCAGAUUUACAAAUCCGGCGAAUGGAUGGGAUCCUACGGCUGUUUUGCGACAACUAGCUCCACAGCUUAAGAAAGUGGAUUUGUAUUCAACAGUACGUUCCAUUCCUUUGGAACAGCUACAGUUUCUGAAAGCUGAGGUGCUGAAAAUUGGUGGCAGUCUGUGCGUUACAGAUAACGAUAGCGAUCUACGAAUAUUCUUCGCUGGAUUUAGGCUUCUGAAGGAAACAUUAGGUCUAGGACAAGUCUAUGAAGUUUCAGAAAACAGCUUGAAAUGUAACCCAUUGGUGACCGUGAAAAACCUUAGCCUGGAGCUUUCUGAGUGUGAAGACAGUUCCAUCGAACGACUACGACAUCUACUACCGAACGUGAUCGCCAUGGAUGUGGUAACACUCAAAGACGAUUGGACAUUCGAGAGAGGAUUGCGGCACAUCUGCCGAAACUUUCGAGGACUUCAACGUCUGGAAGUUUCCGAUAGGCCCACUCGCAAUCGAAAGUUAGAGAGCGGCCUUCUGGUCCUGGAGCAUCUAGAUCAACUGGAAGAACUUAUCUUCAAGGAUAUUCAUACACGGAUAGUAAAUAUACCGCCGAACCCGCUACUUAAGCGAUUUGUGAUGAACUAUCCCGAGCAGUUGUCCAACGGCGAUUUGCUGGAGUUGGCGAGGCAGUAUCCAAACCUCGAGCUGGGACCGGACAGACAAGUGACAUCUGAGGGAAUUGCUGCUUUCAAAUCGCAACUAGUGAACUGUGCGGUGCACUGUGUCCCGUCAGAUACAAUAUUAAGUAGAGUUUUAGCAAAUAAUCGCUAA